AUGGCGACGCUCAUGAUAGCGUUUUUCUAAUUUCGGUAACAUUAUCAGCUGUUUUUGUGUGGCAGAUGUCGGUUAUGCUGUUGUACGACAUCUUUCGGUUUAAGUUAUAAACCAUGCGUGAAUCAAACAACAUGAGCGGAUGGUGUGCGCUACAUGUAAUCGUGUACGUGACAGCGAUCGCGGUGUCCGUAGGUGCGUUGUUCAGUUACAGGAGCAUGAUAACAACUGUCAAUAGCGAUAUAGAAAAAUGCAUCCUGUACGCGAAACCCAAGGUGCACAUUAAUCAGAAGACCAGUGUUUGCGAGAUCGAUUUUGCAACAUCGGAAUGGGGCGAUGAUUCGCUCUGCAACUUUGUGUUCUUCACAAUCUUGGCCUCGCUGGUGUAUGGACUCAUUGCAGUCUGGUUCUUUACGCUGUGUGCGUCAUCGUCAAGAGGCACCUUGCACGAUGCUGGUGUUGGGCAAGCAAGGAGCAUUGUGUGUCCUGCUUCGGUGUUGAGCGGCAUCAUGGGUUUGCUCAUCCUCAUCAUGGGCUGGGAAGUCACCGCGGGCUUGAACACCUUCUUUCGCGAAUUGGAGUACAAAGGUCAACAAAACUGCACUACAAAGACUGGCAGCAUCACGUGGGACCCAGACAGCGCUGCCAACUUUUUCAGGAAGAGGUACUCUCUUGAGGCCACAGUGUGGAUAAUGGUUGUCAGCUGGCUUCUGGCAACAUUGCUGUUGUGCGGUCGUUGCUGUGCAGGUGCAGACUUUGACAGAGAUGCCGAGUACUGCGUCGUUAAAGAAGAUGACAGUGGAUCCACAUUCCUCGAAUCGAGCGAGCGUCCCACGUGAACGAACAAGGCAGUCAAGAACUUUGCUCCACAGUACUCAGAUCUACUGCUCAUCUGCUCGUCAGCUGAGUCUAGAUCUAGCUCGAAGCUGACAGUGCAGCUACUUUUGCCAAAUUUUUCCACUUAGAUAUGCUUUCCGCAUCAACGUUUCAGCCACAUUUCGUUGAACGUGGCUGUCAGUCUGCUCAAUUCACAACAGAGACUGAUUAACUUACCAUUGCUACUUAAUUGUCACGGUUAGUGGGUAUUUUUAAAGGGACAGUCGAGACUGAAACAUAAGCUAAAUAGAUGCUCUUACAUGCUCUCUUACGAUGCUCACAGUCGGCGUACAAGAUAUUUGAAUUCACUUUUCAGCAACGUAUAAUUUUUUUUAGAUAGCCAGAGGUUUCACUGCCGUGACACCGCUGUAAGUAGGUUCCUGUUUUUGUCCCACCGAGCAAUCAAGUGACUGAUUGGAGACAAAAACUUGCUGGUCGUAUUUUAUGAUGUCUCGGAACAUUCCUCAAUCGCUUAUCUCUGUCGCAGGCCCUCCUAAUGUCUAUCAAAGCGCAGUGGCUAAUGCUGGCAUCACCAUAGAACCAGAACCAGUUGUAAACAUGAUGUUUACCGUAUUUACUUGCAUAAGUUGCCCACUUUUUCUACCUAAAAAAGUAAAAAAAAGUUGAGGGGUGCAUGUUGCGUGAGAACAUUCGUUACGAUAUUCCCAAAUUUUAGUAUACCGGUCACGUGGGCUCCCAGCAGAGGCAGGUAUUGACGUUAUCGCGCUGCAUUCUGCAAGCGUGAAAGAAGGACUGGCCUAGUGCGUAGGCCAGUGCGUAGGCCAGUGUGUAGGCCUGGUGCGCCUAACGGGCAACCAGGGAUGGCGCCACCGUCGAGAGGCAAAAUGUCAACUUUGUCACAUUGUGUUGUAGGUUCGUAGCGUGCUUUUCCAGCAUUUCCCUCCGCGCCGAGUGACAGUACCUCCUAUUGCGUCACUGGACCACAGGCACUGGGGGGGAAAUUGUGGGUGCGCAAAUUAUGCAAGUUUUCUUUCUUCGGCAUUUUUCGUGCCAACCUAUGGAAUGUGCAAAUUAUGUGAGUAAAUACGGUAUUUUCUCGUUUAUCUAAAACACUACGAUGUUAUGCGGGAUGAAAAUUUUGCAUUUGUCAUGCACUCGUAGCUCGAAGUUGAGUAGAACUAUAGUAAUUUCGAAAUCAGCCGACGUCGCCAGGACGUUUAGGGGAUGUUCUUCUGAGGAGUAGCAGACUAGAAAAUGUGUCGAUAAUGUCAGAUACAAUUAUGGGAGAACAUACGUAGCUUAGAUAUAUGUAAACAUGAGAGCAAGUAAGAAAAUCUCAUCAAGUUUUUGGUGGUGGUCUGUGAUGGGGGAUAUGAAUUGAUUCCCAAAAUAUUUAGGCUUUGAUUGUGGUGUGGCUUCUAGAAUUGGUGCGAGUUUCACUUAUUUGUGCUGAACGUAUGCGUUAAAAUGUUAUGAAACUUUGUUUUACUUUAGAUAGAUUUAGAUUUUACUUUGCAAAGUAGAGCUGUGCAAAUAGCAAAAUUUCCAUUGCGAAUCGAAUCCGAAUAAUUUCUUCAGAUGGCAAAUCGAAUUCGAAUAAUCGGAAAAGGCCCAAUUUGUAGACUUUAAUGACAGAAUAUUUCUGUAUUUUGUUUAUGUGACAGAAUAUUGUAAACAAUGUAAAGCGGGCUUCACCCAACACUGGAGUGUAAUAAUGUGAAGCUGACUUGCAGAACGGAGCCGUACACCAAAAGAACAAUUGCGGUAACGUGAAGUGGGCUUCACCUAACUCUUGGAUGUAACGAGGCGAAGCCCACUUGCAGAAUGGCGACAGCGAAACCUUGCUUCAGUACUAUUCGAGAAAUAUUCGAAUACGGAAAAUAGGUUGCAAAUCGCGUUCGAAUAGCAUCAGAUAUUAGAUUCGUAUUCGAAAUUUCGUAUUCGCACAGCUCUGUUGAAAAGUAUGUGGAUUUUGUCGUAUGCUCAUGCCUAAUGCCUAAAGCAAUGCCCAGGAAGCCGUUAAAAUGAGUCUUGGGCUUAAUAGCGCAUUGAUGUGUGAUAUACUGCAAGAACAAGCAGCAAAAUGUAUAGCCAAUAUGGCUUGCUUUGCAAGCAGCUAUUAGGAGGUCGUCAGCUUUAUUUAUUGUCCAGAAACAAAUUUGUGUUGAGUAGCAGGAGAGUUGUACUGAAGGUAUCAACAUUUUAGAUGCUUUUACAACUCAUUUUAAUAUAUAUUUUCUCGCCGAGUACGUUCUUAAUGGGUUACAUCCCAAACAAACAAGUCAUGUCAUGUGAUAAGAUGCAAUUUUGAGAAGUUAUCUCGAUGACUGCUGUGUUUGAAUUAGCAUGACUGUAGUGUUAGCGUGACAUGAGCUUAGUGUGACUGUAGUGUGAAGAUUAGUGUCACAGUUGCUUCUAAAGAGGGCAUACGUUGAUAUGUUGAGAGCAGACAGAGCGCAGACAAGUUGUUCUGUCUUUGUAAUCUCAACAGUAGCUCACCAGCUCUGCUCAAGAUACGGUUGUCAGUUUCCAACCUCCGUGAAAGUGUUCCACGUUUUAAUGACACUAGGUCGUGCGCUCAAGUCACAAAAUCCUAGCGCUUUUAAGGACUGCAAGGUGGACUGUUUACAAGGUGCACAAAUUUGUCUCCUAGAGACGAGUACAUGACGGCUAUUUACAGCACUGCAUAAAUAGGUGAACGAUACGAGUUUACGUUGCAUUGCAUUGCAUUAUGUACAUUUUGUCACAAUGUGAUUGGGCAAACUGUGCUGGUGCUAAGUUUAGGUAGAAUAAAUUAUAUUUCAACAAGGAA